UGAAUAAGUUAAAAAUGUCAACCUUGGUUCUAGUCCUGUUGUUUACAUGCAGUUGCUUGGGCCCUUUCACAGAUCGCGAAGACUUUUUGAAGUGUUUUCCGUUUAGUUUCGCUGCCGCGCGUUGUAUUAAACCUAUGAUCAAGUCCCUGGCAAGUAGUCGGGAAAGCUAACCCCACUUUGCCCACCAUAAGUAUCAAAAUAUAAACAAACAUUGAGGUUAUGCGACCGUAGCUGCUCGUUUUAAAAACAUUCGUCUAAUCGUCGGGACUUUCUGUGAAAAACACUCGCCUAAAUGCGUUGGUUCGUUAGUGUUUGUUGCUGAUAACCCCGGAUUGUGAAGAAUGUGUUUAUUGAUGUGGAAACAGGCGGUUUCUAGACAUGCGUCCUCAGGCAGUGUUCUUGUGAGGAAACUUGACCACUUUCACCACAAAUAUCCUCUGAGCUGUAAGCGAGCGAUAGCCUUGAGUGUGCAGCAGUUAGUUAACGGAAAACCCCGCAGCAAAAUGACAGAUAAACUGAGCACAGAAGAACGCAACAGCCAGCUGAACGAUCUGUUGGGAAAAGGGUGGACAGUGCAAAAUGACCGGGAUGCCAUCUACAAAGAGUUCCAGUUCCGGGACUUUAACCAGGCGUUCGGCUUCAUGACCCGCACGGCUCUUUUGGCCGACAAAAUGGACCAUCACCCGGAAUGGUUCAACGUGUACAAUAAGGUGAAUGUGACGCUCAGUUCGCAUGAUAUCCAGGGGCUGAGUCGGCGUGACAUUAAGCUGGCCAACUUCAUGGAGGAGGCUGCUGCUGGCCUGAAGAAAUAAGCCAGUUUCGAUCACAUUUUAGCUGUUUGACUCUUUGAAAUAUAGGUACGCUACUGCUGGAAA